AUGGACUCGAUCAGCUUGGGCCAACCCCAAGCCCGGCCCAUCUGGCGCGACCUGGCCGCCACUUCAAGGUACACAUUCAUGGGUCUAAUGUGCGUUGUGCGCGCGCCACAAUCCCUGCUAGCAACUCACGCUUCGGAUUGCACGCGCUUCCUCGCACCUCAAAGUGAGGGGAGCCAACGGAAGAUGGUGCUCCAGUUGGAUGGCUUUGAUCACAACGAGAGCGUGGUCGAUGGUGAGGCUCAUGAGCACCAAGCUCAGCCUCAGCAGUCAGACCUGGACGACGGCGUGGACCUUGAUGGUCUGCCAGACUUUGCGGAUGACCGCCCACGCCGCAACAUGGUGCCCAAGCGUCUUUCCGAUGCCUUCAACUUGGAGCUUUCCGAGGACUUUCUCAUGUAUCUCAACAUCACGUCUGAGGAUGUGGCGGCGGCCGCCCUUGAAGAUGACGCUUGGCGAAGCGACGCGCAUGAUGCCCCACCCACACCGGCACAGGCACUGGCCGCCAUGACCACCAGCAGCCCUGAGCAAAACAAGUUUGUCGCACAGGAACAGCUGCAUCCAGUAUCGCAAGCCCGUCGUCGGGAGGUAUCCAGCAGUCGCUCCGCUCCCGAGCAAGGUGAUGAGGUCCCUGAGAGCGACGAUGAUGAGCAAACUGCGGAAGAGGACGACGCCUCCGAGUCACCCAACUCUCGCGAACGCACCAAGAGCAUGCCCAAUCUGGACCGGGAGCGCAUUCGCCGCACUUCAAGCAUCAUGCGCAGCAAAACGCUAUCCACGGCUGAUGCAGGGCCCAUGCGCAAGCUGCUGCAUGGGUCGGGCACGCAGGAGCAUUUGGCUUCCCUCCUUUCAAUCACAGCCAACAAACGUCGGACGACCAUCAUUGCCGUUGAUGCCGACUUUAGCCUGCCCCAACUCGCCGAGGCUACCACGCCAACCUCGCCCCGCUCCACCAACCGUCUCUCCACAAGCAGUCACGUUGAGUUACCCGGUGCUCGUGUCGCCCGCAGCAGCAGCCACGAUGAUGAUGAAAUCUGUGAAGGCGACUUGACCUCCUUCUUCAAAGCGCGUCGUGAGCUCAAAAUGUUCCGUCGCAAGCUUGCAGAACAAUGUGACAUCAAUUACCGCCUUGAGCGAAACCUGCGCACCCUCGACGAGAGCAUUGGCCUGCUCAUUCGUCACCGCAUCUCCGUUGAAGAUAUCGACUCGCGGCUUCUAACCUACGACUUUCGUAUUUACAACAGUAAAUUGAUGUCCUCGCGCAAGGAGCAGCAGUACGGCAUCUUGUUUUACUUGUUGCAAAAUGAGGCUGCCUACAUUGCAACCCUUUCACGUCAACUCUCACUCUCAGAGAUUGAUGACUUCCUGCAGACAGUCAUGUUCACGCUCUUUGGUAAUUUUGAGCCGAAGGAGGAGCACAUGCUUCUGUCCGUCUUCCAGCAUGCCUUCAAACUUGAGUUUGCCGCGGCCAAGGAUAUCAACAGCGUCAUGCGCAACAAUAGUGCCAUGUCCCGCAUGAUUACUACCUACACCCGCCGUGGACUCGGUCAGCAGUACCUGAAGGAUGUUCUCGCUCGCCAGGUCGGGCUUGUAUUUGAACUCAAGGGUCUGGGACUCGAUUUAGAGCCCGUCAAAAUUUACAAUGAGCUUGCCAAGGAACACGGGCUGCCUGAAGGGGUCACCGACCCGGUCACUGCUCUCAAAGCUGCACCUGUGCAGGAGGUGCUCGAAGAGCGCAGCCGUGCUCUGCGGGAACUAACGGCGCGCUUCGUUUCAGCCAUCGUGGAAGACGUUGAGGCCGUGCCUUACGGCUUGCGCUGGCUCUGCAAGGCCAUCCGCGCCGAGUGUCUUCAGCGGUUUCCCGACUCCUCACAGGAGGUCUUGGUCUCUCUCUUGGGCGGCUUCAUGAUGCUGCGCUACAUCAACCCAGCCAUCAUUUCUCCUGAGGCCUUUGCUCUCAUUCACCGCAAGCCGACCAACUUGAUCCGCCGCAACCUAACACAAAUAGCCAAGGUUUUGCAAGCCAUCACCAAUGGAACCAAAUCGGUCACGGGCUCACUUGCCAUUUUGCAGGACUUUAUCCGCGAGCAACGCUCACGUCUGGGUCGCUUUCUGCUGCAGCUGUGUGAGGUGGAGGACUUUGAUCACGAAUACCAGAUGGAACGUCUUUCGGCUUUGGCGUCCCUGAGCAAUAGCAUCUCGAUCACACCCAACGAGAUCUACACGGUGCAUUCCUUGUUGUGGAAGUACCAGUCUCAAUUGCAGCUUGAUAAGAGCUCCCCGCUGGGAGCAGUCUUGCAGCAGCUAGGCGAGCCACCAACCAAAAUCUCGCGCGAGAACAAUCUGCUGAUGGAGUUGGCUUUGAGCAGUCCCGUGGAGUAUUCCACACGCCGAGGCAGUGGUGGCAGUGCUGCUAGCAGCCAAGUGCCCCUUGAAAUGCAAUCCAUUACUGUGAAGCAGCUGCGUUUGCUCAAGCUAGAGCUCGAAAAGACCAAGGCAGCGUUUGAAAGCGUGUGUGAGAUCUAUGCCAUCUUGACCGAGAAGAUCGAAGCCUACCAAGAUUAUUUGGAAAAUGUUCGCGGCCAGGCAAUUUCGGGCUCGUCAUGGGCAACGGAGUUUGUCAGUGUGGGCAAGGUUCAGUUGAAACGGCGCUCCAUGAUGGCUCGCCGCUACCCGCAGCAUGAAAUGCUUCCCAAGGGUUUGGGACCAUAUCAGUUUAAGCUUACCAAGCUGGACAAGGAGCGUAUCAUCACUUGGUCUAAUGAUGCUGUGAUUCCUCGCGAGUCAGACCCUGGUCGCAACAACAUUAUCUUGGUCUACUCCAUGCCGACGAUUGGCCAUGUGGUAUUGAGCUUGCGACCCAAGGGUCGCCAGGCCUUGUUCCACACCGAAUGCAAAUUGGAAGACUUGCUGACCAAGACAGAGGAUGAACGCCCACGCAUGCGACUGGGUAAUGUUCUUGAACUGGAUGCCAGACGCAUGCUGGUCUUGCUGGACAAAACCACAUUCAGACUUUGA